ACCGUUUUUCUUCCUCCUCAAUCAAUACCAACACUCUCUCUCUCAUCACUCUCUCUCUCUCUCUCUAAGCAAAUAUAAUGGCGGACGAGAGCAACACCAACGACCCAGCAACCAUCAACACAUCAAUCAUGGUCCCUUUAUCGAAAUCUCUCCACCCGCUUCACGAAAUCGCCAUGACCCCAACCCACAAACUCCUCCUAAAACAAUGGCUAAAAGAAGAAGAACUCAUCCUCAACCGCAUUGCCCUAAAAGAAACCCAAAUCGAUUCGGUCCGAAAGGAACUAACUCACCUCUACUGUUUCUUCUUCCUCUUCCACUCCAUCUCCCUCAUCCUACUCUUCAGCAGCACGUCUUCAUCUUCCAGUUACAACGGAUCGUGUAGCCGAUCGUGGGUCCCGUCGGUCUGCUCGCUGUUGUGUUCGCUCGGGCUGAUUUGGGCGGUGAGGUAUAAGACGGAUACGGAGUCGCAUUUGGAGAAACUUUUGGAGAGGGAAAAGGAAGAUGGGAAGUUGUUGGGGAAGUGUGUGGAGGAGUUGAAGAAGAAGGGGUUGGAAUUUGAUUUGUUGAAGGAGGUUGAUGCGUUACGAAGAGCGAAGAGUUUGCGGGUGGAGGCGAAGGCGGUUAGGAAGUGGUCUGCUAGAGAUUUUGUUACUAUGUUUUUUAUUACUGUUUCUUGUUUUGUUCUUGGUCUUACUAGGAUUAUUUUGUGUGACUGAUUUGGUGUUGGCAGAAACUGUUGGUUUCUAAUUUAGCAGCUUAAAGUUUUUGUUGGAUACUUGAAUAUCAAAAUUAUUUGUACUAAGGAUUGGAUUCGGAUAUAUAAUAAAGAAAUGUUAUGGUUUUGAAUG